AUAUAUGUGAUUCCAUCAAGUUCUGAGUAUUAAUUUUUAACCCUGGGCACGUGACUGUGAACACACCUUAGCAAGCAAGAAAAGUACAGCAAAUACAGAAUGGUGCUCAGCAUGGCGGGCAUGCCCGGGCUCCUGCUGCUCCUCCUUCUCCUCCUGCUCUGUUCUGUCGGGCAGGUGAGCCCCUAUGGUGCCCUGUGGAAACCCACUUGGCCUGCUUACCGACUUCCCAUCAUCUUGCCCCAGUCCACCCUCAACCUAGCCAAGCCAGACUUUGGGGCUGAAGCCAAACUGGAAGUGACCUCUUCCUGUGGACCCCAGUGUCAUAAGGGAACCCCACUGCCCACUUAUGAAGAAGUCAAGCAAUACCUGUCUUAUGAAACGCUCUAUGCCAAUGGCAGCCGCACAGAGACGCAAGUGGGCAUUUAUAUCCUCGGUGGUGGUGGACGUGGGGCCCAACACCGGGACUCAGAGUCAUCGGGAAGGUCUCGAAGGAAACGGCAGAUUUAUGGCUACGACAGCAGGUUCAGCAUUUUUGGGAAGGACUUCCUGCUCAACUACCCUUUCUCAACAUCAGUAAAGUUAUCUACAGGAUGCACUGGCACCCUGGUGGCAGAGAAACACGUACUCACGGCUGCCCACUGUAUACAUGAUGGAAAAACCUAUGUGAAAGGAACUCAGAAACUUCGAGUGGGCUUUUUGAAGCCCAAAUUUAAAGACGGUCGAGGGGCAAAUGACUCGAGCUCGGCCGUGCCCGAGAAGAUGAAAUUUCAGUGGAUCCGGGUGAAACGCACCCAUGUGCCCAAGGGUUGGAUCAAGGGCAAUGCGAAUGACAUUGGCAUGGAUUAUGACUAUGCCCUGCUGGAACUCAAAAAACCUCACAAGAGAAAGUUCAUGAAGAUUGGGGUGAGCCCUCCUGCCAAACAGCUGCCAGGGGGCAGAAUCCACUUCUCUGGUUAUGACAAUGACCGACCAGGCAAUUUGGUGUACCGCUUCUGCGAUGUCAAAGACGAGACCUACGACCUGCUCUACCAGCAGUGUGAUGCCCAACCUGGGGCCAGCGGGUCAGGGGUCUACGUGAGGAUGUGGAAGAGACAGCAGCAGAAGUGGGAGCGAAAAAUUAUUGGCAUCUUUUCAGGGCACCAGUGGGUGGACAUGAAUGGUUCUCCACAGGAUUUCAAUGUGGCUGUCAGAAUCACCCCUCUCAAAUAUGCCCAGAUUUGCUAUUGGAUUAAAGGAAACUACCUGGAUUGCAGGGAAGGGUGACACAGUGUCCCUUCCUGGCAGCAGUUAAUGCUCUUUCUAUACUUAUUUUAGGAGAGGUCAAAAUUUGUCAUGGGUGUGCAUGUGGGUGUAUGUGUGUGUGCAUGUGUGUAAUGUAUCAAAUGAUACCUUUUACCUAAUUUCUUAAAAUUGCAAGAUGACUGGCUUUAUUAUUUGAAAACUGGUUUGUAUAUCCUAUCAUAUCAUUUAAGCAGUUUGAAGACAUACUUUUGCAUAGAAAUAAAAAACAUAUUGAUGUUUGGGGAAUUGGGGGGGAUUAAGUUAAUCUUUCACCUUUUUUGAGAACUUUGAUUUUUAUUUCAUCUGAACUUGUUUCAAAGGUUUAUAUUAAAUAUGUGGCAUAUAGGAGAUAUGAA